CGGGCGCGCCCCCGGUCCCACGAGAGCCCGCAGGACAGCGGGAAGCGCCGCGGGGGGCACGGGGCGCCGGGGCGGGAUCCGUGCGGGGGGUGCGCGCCCCCCGCCCGCAGCGCCCCCCGCCCGCAGCCCCCGCCGCGCUCCCGGCCGUCCCGGCGCGGCCCCGCCGGGGCUCCUUAUCCCGGGGCUGCGGCGGGGAGGAGCCAGCGCCGCACCGAGCGGAGCGCCGGCACCGCGCCGGGUCCCGCACCGCGCCCGCACCGCUCCAGCCCCUUCCGGCGGCAGCACCGGCCCCGCUCCGGCCCCGCUUCUCCCCCGGCAGCGGCGCCGCGCCCGCCCCGUGCCCGGUGCGGCCCCGCAGCACCGCCCCUGCCCUGCCCGGGACCCGGCGUGGCGGCGGCAGGAAGGAGGAAGGAGGGAGAGCGACCUGCGCGGCGGCCGGGCUCUGCCGUCCCUCGCAGGACAAGGUAAAAUGAACAGGAUGAAAAACUUCAAGCGGAGGUUUUCACUCUCAGUUCCGCGAACGGAGACCAUCGAGGAGUCACUGACGGAGUUCACGGAGCAGUUCAACCAGCUCAACAACCGGAGGAAUGAAGACCUGGCUCAAGGCCACCUACAGCUGGGACACCUGGGCAGGGACUUCCAAGCAGACACCAGCCCCAUCUCCCCCUCCAAGGCGGAAGGGCAGUCCCCGAUGGCCGUGCGCUACCGCAACAGCAGCCAGCGGCGCUUCUCCAUGGAGGAUGUCAGCAAGCGUCUCUCCCUGCCCAUGGACAUCCGCCUGCCCCCUGAGUUCUUGCAGAAGCUGCAGAUGGAAAGCCCAGAGUUCCCCAAGCCCCUCAGCAGGAUGUCCCGACGGGCUUCUCUGUCAGAUAUUGGGUUUGGAAAGCUGGAAACCUAUGUCAAACUGGACAAACUGGGAGAGGGCACUUACGCCACUGUCUUCAAGGGACGCAGCAAGCUGACCGAAAACCUCGUUGCCCUGAAGGAAAUCCGCCUGGAGCAUGAGGAAGGGGCACCUUGCACGGCCAUUCGGGAAGUGUCGCUGCUGAAGAACCUGAAACACGCCAACAUCGUGACCCUGCAUGACAUCAUCCACACGGAGCGCUCCCUCACCCUUGUCUUCGAGUACCUGGACAACGACCUCAAGCAGUACCUCGAUAACUGUGGGAACCUGAUGAGCGUGCACAAUGUGAAGAUCUUCAUGUUCCAGUUGCUGCGUGGCCUGGCUUAUUGUCAUGGGAGAAAGAUCCUGCACCGAGACCUCAAACCCCAGAACCUGCUCAUCAACGAGAGAGGAGAGCUCAAGCUGGCUGACUUUGGACUGGCCAGAGCCAAGUCAGUUCCUACAAAAACAUAUUCCAAUGAGGUGGUCACGCUGUGGUACCGGCCCCCUGACGUCCUGCUGGGAUCUACCGAGUAUUCCACACCCAUUGACAUGUGGGGCGUUGGGUGCAUCCACUACGAGAUGGUCACGGGACGGCCCAUGUUCCCGGGCUCCACGGUGAAAGAAGAGCUGCAUUUGAUCUUCAGGCUGCUGGGAACCCCAACAGAAGACACCUGGCCUGGAAUCACAUCCAACGAGGAGUUUAAGGCUUACAAUUUCACACAGUACCGAGCCCAGCCGUUAAUAAAUCACGCCCCAAGGCUGGACUCGGAAGGCAUUGACUUGCUGACAAACCUCCUUCUGUACAAAGCCAAAGGCCGGAUUUCGGCGGAGGCAGCCCUGCGGCACGCUUACUUCAAGAGCCUGGGAGAGCGGGUGCAUCUCCUGCCUGACAAUGCUUCCAUCUUCUCCCUGAAGGAGAUCCAGCUUCAAAAGGACCCUGGCUACCGUGGCUCAGCCUUUCAGCAGUCAGCCCGAGGCAAGAACAGGAGGCAGAGUAUAUUUUAAACGUGGAUCUCAUGUUCCCCUUGUCACCAUGGAGAUCGAAGCACUGAGAAAGGAGACGGCAACACGCUUCCACCUGACCCACCGCAGAAUUACUGACUCGAGCAGGACGAUGCUGAAGCGCCCUUCGCCACAGACUCCCCCCUGCCCAUCCCCACAACCACAGCCCCUAGCAGUUCAUGGACCUGUGGCCUUUCUCCCCUCUUGUUUUCAUGUUGCCCCCCACCAGCUGUGAGCUGCCACCCCCUGUGCAGGUGCUCUAGCGAGGAGCUUCCCUGGGCAUUGCCCAGAGUGCAGGAUCGUGUGCUGCCCCAGGGAGCACUCGCUGCCCUCGGUGGGCGAGCCAGCCUCGGGGGGGUUUGUGAGCAGGGAGUGGUAUUUCCAAAGCUGGGCUGUGGAUCGUAGCGUGUGGCCCAGGCAGGCAUUUCUGGAAACAUACCUUUGCUCAGACAACCUGCUCUGUACCCCUGUUUCUUGGGGAGAUGUUACAAGUCAGGGGUAUGACCCCGCCUGGCACUGGAGUGACUGCACCUGAAGCACAAAAAUCAGGGCAGCCCCCCAUUACUUGCCCUUGCCGCUGCCCACAUAACCCCUUUUUCUCUCCCCAUCUUUGGUACCUGUGUCCUGACAAGGAUAGAGCAGCUGGGAGGAGGGGGCUUCCCAUUGCUUCCUGCAGCAUCUCCCCCUCCUUGCCACCAUUGCGUUUGCAAAUUCGGUCAGGCGGCUGCUCCCCAGGGAUGUCCUGAGCUGAGACCAAGGGCUGGCUUAGGGGUGCAGGUACCUGCUGGUAGGGCUGUGCAGAAGCGGGGCCAGAUGAGCACUGGCUCCGUGCUGCCUCCCGCUGCGGUGCCCAGCCUUCCCCAGACACCGAUGGAGCAGCCCCUUUCUCGUCGCCGAGCCUGCCAUCCCCCCAGCCUGUGACCCUCUCUGCCACCAUCACAAGGGCAGGACACGGUUCUCAGCCGGUGUCUCAGGAGCGCAUCUCCCCCAGUCCCAUCGCUGAGCCCCACGCGAUGUGGCAGAGCCCAAGCCGCGCAGCCUCUCCGUACCAAAGUGUUGCGCACACCCACCUCAGUGCAUUUGUACCCAGAGGAGGGGGGAGAGGUGCCAAACCUCCCACAGCUCAGCUGUGGGGACCAGAAAUAGACCUGCAGAGAAGCAAAUCAUCCCUCAAACCUCGUUGCCUGGCCUCUACGUUUGUAGCUGAUGCCAGAUCGUGCCAGCCCUGACUCAGAUCAAUGCCAUGGGACUGAGGUGCCUGCUUAGAUCUGAGCGUGCUUUGCUGGCCGAGGACUGCUCCUGCUGCGUUUUCCCCUCCAUACACUUCAGGAACGUGCCAAAUGCAUCCUGAGCGAAGAGGCCCUGCUGCACCUCGCCCCCACAGCCUGCAAACAGCCUGAAACGUCUUCAAGCGUGUGAGCGUUGCAAAAAGUCUCUCUACUGUAUAAUACUCAAAUCCUUUUCUUGGCUGUCCCAGAUGACUAGUCCUCUCACCCACCGGUCCUCUAGCCCAUGGAUGUGGCCACAGAGACUCUGCACUUGGCAGGUGCUGUGACUGUCACCUGGCACUGGGACUGGCAGGGCACGCUGAUGUCUUAACCCCUCGCGCUCCCAGCCCGGAGGCAUUGUUCAGGGGCCAGUAACUCUCCGUGCUGCGGUUUCCCCAUCGAGCAGAGAGCGAGGACUCUGCUUUCUGCUUUGCCGUGUGGCAUUCUGUCUGUGAUCCUUGGAAAAUACAAAGCAUGAGGUAUAAACGUGGAGACCCCGGAGCUCCCCAGAGCUUCUGGGGUGACUCCUCCCUGUGCCAGUGCUCGAUGCACCCUCUGAGCUUCCCCCAUCAGACCAAAACUCUUAAUUCGGGUUUGUCCUAGACAAGCAUCCAGACGUCUGCAUUGUUUGAGGUUUGCCCGUCCCUGCUCCGUUCCCUUCUCGGUAUGUCCAGCAUACAGCAGGCUGAAUAGCUCAUUAAUUGUUUCCAUUUGAUAGGGAAGAGCAUGAAUAGCCAUCAGCCACCAGUGACGCAUUUCACCCUGAUGUCAGAGUAGUGUUUUGCCUGUUUCCUACACCCGGCUCCUGCUGCGUGGGGCUUUUCAGUAGGGAGGCUCACAAGGGGAGGUGUUGGCUGGAGUAAGUCUGAACUCUUACACUCUCUUCUUUCACAAAGGCGUUUUAUGCAGGAAUUUCCUUGGCAUGGCAGGGGUCUGUGGUGCAGACUUGCACUUCCCAGGGCAGCCAGCUCCCGUCAGGAACUAGCUCAGCAGGCAGGCCAGCUCACGGAUGGAUGGAUGGACGGUCUCCUGCGCCCCUGUAGCAGCACUUUCAGGUACAUGGGGCGAGGAGUGCUGGCGUGCCCAGGGGAGCAGAGCUGCCCCUGCGCUCAGAUUGGGCCAGGGGGAGCAGGAACCCCCUCCCCUCGCUCUUGGGAAGCCCGUUCAGGACGUGUUUCACUGGGCUUUGUGCAGUUUUCUUGCUUGGUGUUAACCAUCACCAUGCACUGAGGUUGUCUUGGGCGUAAAGCUUGCUGGGGCACAGGGCGCCUAGCUGAGCUGUCCCGCUUCCCGCUGGGAGGAUGGAGGCAGACCACACCAGACAACCGGACUGGUCUGUGGGCUCGGCGCUCCCCUCAUAAGAGAGAGAUUCCUGCUGAAGGUCAGGGUCACCUACAGAAACUUCUGGGGAGAAGUGUUGGGGAAAAGACCUAGCAGUGACCGUGUAGACAGGACUGCUUUACCCGGGAUCAGAUAGCAAAGACAAAGGGCCUGUUGGCUGUUGUUUAUUCUUUCGUAGCCUUUGCCUUUCCUCCUACAAAUCCUCCCUAAAGGAGACACUAUUAUUUAUUAGCCCUGUGUGCCACUAACAGCCCGCAUCUAAGAUAACCCCUUUUGUUCCACUGCUUUUAGUAGAUAUUUAAUUCCUAUUCAGGAGGGCAGUAGCGUGUGUAAAUAUUUGGUGUCCUGCUGAGCAAGAUUUGAUUUUCAAGCUCCCGUCGCUGUUGUGCUUGCACGUGUGGGCUGGCAGAGCCCCGAGCGCCUGCUCUCCCACGGCGCGCUGCCCGCCUGCGGAGGGAAGGGAGUAGCAGGAUGGCAGGGAUUAGAGCCUGGAGCCAAACCCCCCUUCUCCAUCUCCUGGAUGCUGUUACAGCCCCCCUGAGGGCCGCGGGGUCCAGCUGGGUGGAUGAGGACAGAUUGCUCUGGGAUGCCCCCGUUUAUGAGUCGAGCACGCAAGGGGACAAAUUCUGCAGCGGGGCUUCUGCCGCCAAUGGCAUCGCUCCCUGCUCCGGCAGCUCAUCCCCGGGCAGGCUUUCCCCAGCUUUUGGGGUGCCAGCCAGCUCCCAAGUUGGAUUUUUAAUGUCGUGCUCAUGAAAAUGCUGGGAAUGUCUGUGGCUCUCCGGCAUUUUUUUCAUUUUGUGGGUUCUCCCAUCCGCCGCUUUGCGGAGUAGCUAGCACUCCUCGCAGAUGGGGAGUUUUGACAAAAGGAAACUGUUGCUUUGUCUUCCAGACAUUUUUCUUGCAAUUUUUUUUUGUUUGUUUACCAGUUCCGGUGGAAGAUGGGAUUUUUGGCUGUACCCUCAGGAAAGGCUGUAUUCUUUCAUCUUUCUUGCUGAUAGCUACUUAAAGAAAUGUAAGUAAAGUAACGUGUAAAGCAAGGUCCACGAUAUGAGACAACAAUAAAACUUACAGGCAGAGAGCUAUUUAAUUUCACUGUCUCCAUACACACAUGCACACGCCUUUCCUGGCUUAGCCCAUUGCCAGAUCUAUGUUAAGAUUUUGAAUAACAAAGCUACAUUGUAUCUUGGAGACUAAGGACAAGUUAAGUGGAUUUCCCUCUCCCUUACACACGAUGAAAAAAACCCCCGUAAUUAGAAGGCCAUUUUCCCAAGCUUCUCAAAUGUUCUGUUUUGGUUUUUUUCCCAUGACUUACCUUCAGUCAGAAAUUAGGCUAGCAUAAAAAAGGAGCUCCCAGAGCAGGCUAGGACCAAUUAGAUGGGAAAACAUUAGAGAAAGAGUCUAACCCAUGGGACUGAGCAAUGUAAAAGGUUUAGUGUGUGUGUCCCAGGGCACGGGGAAGAGACUGGACCUGGGGGUGGGCGCCUGCCUGGCUUUGCGUGGCCAAACCUCUUGCACUAGCGCGUGUCUGGUGUCUUGAAGCCACGCAAGGGCAGGUUUGCUCAGAGCUGCUCAGCGAUGGCUGAGCAGGUCCUGCGAGAGCCGUCACGUCUCCAUCCUGAAAUACAGGAGGUGAAAAGCAACAUGAUCUCACCUGCCAAGAUCUGUGGCUCUCUGACCGUGCACGUACCGCACCGCUGUCCUGUCUCCGUACGCCGGAGCCUUGUAAGAAAUGCAUUUGGAUGUCCCCGUGGCCCUUCCCACCGGCGAUGUCUGGGCACAGAUCCGACGAAACCCACUUUCUGGUUUCUCUAAUUGCCUUCUCUCAUCCUCAGCAUCAUGCUUGUCUUACAGCAGGAAAAAUAGAUUCAAGCGGCCAGGAUACACAUACUGUGAACGUUCUCUGGUGUGAUUCAUUUGCAGAAUACCAAUAAUAUAUUUAACUAGUAUUGUACAAACGAAAGAUGCAUUUUAAAAGAAAUGAUUUUAAAGAUUUAUUCCAAAAGAGGCAAUGAUUUUUUAAUAGAAAGUUUUUCUGGAACAAAUGGAACGGUACAAAAAAAAAUAAUAAAUAAAAAAUAGGAGACUGUAUCCAUCUAUCAAUCUUGUGUCUGAAUGUUUCAUGAGAAUAUUUCAAUUUUUGUAUUUCAGAUGUGACAUGGACUAUUUUGUGGAUGUGCUCACUUUAUUGCUAAGGCUUAUAUUACAGUUGUAUUGCAAAUGCUCCAAAGCCAAGAUUGGACAAUAAACUUUAUUGAAUACAGGA